CAUUGUUGACGUCAAUACUGAUUUGGAAGAUAAAAUUUAAAGUUGAUCGUUGCUGGGUACCAUUCCAAGUUACGGUUUAACGAUUUGAUUCUUUCAAAUGUUCAGUGUGUUUAGUGAGACCCAAAAAUGGAACGAAGUGCACAUUCAUAAAGUUGAACGAACCCACUUUCCACCUCUCCUUCGUCUUCGACCCACAGCAGCUGAAUUUCCACUGCCGCCCUGUAGGUUAACAGCCACAUUGUUAACCCGGGCCACGACCGAUCCGUCCCUCCUUAGGUCAGAAGAAAGCAUCCCCCACCGCCGUGAUGCCUCAGAAGGGCCAGAAGAGUGCCCAGACCACCCACUACAUCGAGCUGGGGGGCUACCAGUACUGGCCGGUGCUGGUGCCCCGUGGGAUCCGCCUGUACACCUACGAGCAGAUCCCGGGGUACCUGCGCGAGAACCCCUACAUCACGGACGGAUAUAGGGCAUACCUGCCCUCCAGGCUCUGCAUCAAAAGCCUAUUCAUCCUGUCCAACGAGACGGUGAAUAUCUGGACUCACCUGCUGGGCUUCCUGCUCUUCUUUUUCCUGGCUGUGUACCACAUGGCGCAGGUUCUGCCCCAGCUGGGAGCAUCACGCGAGGACUAUGUCAUCUACUCAGUCGGCCUUUUCUGCUUCCAGCUAUGUCUGCUUUGCUCCGCGGGCUACCACGUGUUCUGCUGCCACCGCUCGGAGAAGACGAGUCGGCGCUGGAUGGCGCUGGACUAUGCCGGCGUGUCGGUGGGCAUCCUGGGCUGCUAUGUGCCUGCCGUCUUCUACGCAUUCUACUGCAAUAAUUACUGGCGUCAGGUCUACCUGGUGACAGUGUUGGCCAUGAUCCUGGCUGUGUUCCUGGCACACAUCCACCCAAACUACCUGAGCAAGCAGUGGCGCCGCCCUCGAUCGCUGGCCUUCUGCGCGCUGGCGUCGUGCGGUCUGGUGCCCGUUGUGCACUGGGUCUGCGACGCUGGCGGAUUUUCCUCGGAACUCGUGCAAGCAUUCAUCCCCCGUGUGUUGGUCAUGUAUUUGAUGGCGGCAUUGGCGCUGCUCUUCUAUGUCUCCAAAGUGCCUGAACGAUAUUUCCCAGGCCAGCUGAACUACGUGGGCUCGAGCCAUCAGCUGUGGCACGUGCUGCUGCUGCUCAUGUUCUACUGGUGGCACCAGUCGUCCUGUUUCAUCAUGGCCUACAGACACAGCCGGCCCUGCCCUGCGGACCUCGUUGACACCAACGUGCACUCCUAGCCACCAUGAAAGACAACUACACGACACUCUUUGUAUACAUUGUAAGAAUGUACUGCAACACUAUCCUACAUGGUCCUGACUAUGACUGUAUUAAACUACAGUAGGUUGACUGACUGACUCAACCAUUGAAGACUAGACUAUCCUACCCUGUCCUAGACUAUUACAGAGCGCGAACCAAGCAGCUUUUUUUUUUUUUUUUUUUUUUUAAACUAUGUAGUGUCUAUUUCAUCACGGUGGCCGGACACAGCGCCACGCUGGCCAGUAGAGUCGGACAUUUGAUUGAUGAUCCUGAACAUUAAAUUGGGGAAACUAUGCAAAACUAUAAGAAUUUGAGAAGGGAGCCAAUACAUUUUACAGCACUGUAUGACUAGACUAUCUUACCUUGUACUAGAGUAGACUAUUGCUGUACUAAACUAUGUUAUGAGACUGGAAUAGACUACAUUACAAUAGACGACGACAACUGUCCCAUACUUGACUAUCCUAGACUACUACUACUAUCCAAUGAAAACCCAUUUGUUCUCCCUGGUUUUCUCUUCUUUCUGGAUGAGAGUUUGUAGUGUUAUUUUAUUGGGUUUUUGUAAACAGUGUUAUAUUUUAUAUCCUCUGAUGUACAGCACUUUAGUCAACUCUGUUGUUUUUAAAUGGGCUUUAUAAAUAAAUGGGCUUUAUAAAUAAAUUGGAUUGUGCUAGACUAGACCAUUACUGUACUAGACUGCUAAAGUACCAUAGACUAGACCACAAUACACUCAACUAAAUUCAAUAAGACUAUCCCAUCCGUGUCUAAACUAGACUAUUCUGUCUACACUGUCCUAGACUAAUACCAUACUGGACUAUGCUAGACUGGUCUAGGACUAUUCUAGACUGGAAUAGUCUACGCUACAAUGGACUCAACCAUACCACAUACAACUAGACUAUCCCAUCCUUGCGUAAACUUGACGAGCAUACCCUGUUCUAGAUUAGACCAUUACAAUGCUAGACUAGUCUAUGACUCCAUGUCAUUUCUUAACAGAAGCUGUAAUGCUUGUUUGUUUUUUCCCAGCAUGCACUGCCGCUGCCGAGCCCAUGGGUUCAGGACAAGAGACAAUGGCCGUCAUGUUAGCAUUUCACAUGCUAGCCAAUCUUUACAUAGUGCUCAAUAACCUUACAUGGUCAAUGAGGACAUCAACUCGGAAAGACCAAAAAAUUGGUUGCUACUGAACCUGCGUGACUGAUAAGGAUGCUAAUUCCAAACAUUUCUUUGCUAUCAACUGAACAAAAGAACUGAGCGACUUAACGAAGGAGCCUGGCGCUAACACUGUAGUAAACGGGAACAAACAAAGAUUGUUAGCAUGUCGUUAUUAUCGUUGUUUUUGUAACUAUGGAAACUCGGUGGAGGUUUUAUAAAGGUGCUCCUUUAUGUGAGAAAAUCUGAGAAACACUGUUCUUAAAGGGCCUUGUCUACUCUCUCCUAGACUAAAUGAGAGAGGAAUAUACAAGUCUUAACUAUCCCCCGUUAGUCUAAAACUGACUAUUCUAACUGAUCCUAGACUAGAUGACAACUAUUUUAGGACAGAGUAUUACUCAACUCCAAUAUGAAUCAGAUCACAAUAGACUCAAUCAUAGAUAAGACUAUCCCCAUCCUUGUCUAAACCAGACUAUCCUACCCUGUGCUAUACCAUGCUAGGCUUGACAAUAUUUGACUCAAGUACAGUGCCCUCCAAAAGUAUUGGAACGGCAAGGUCAAUCCCUUUGUUUUUGUUGAAUACUGAAGACAUUUGGGUUUCAGCUCAAAAGAUGAAUGAGUUCAGAAUUUCAGCUUUUAUUUCACGGUACUUACAUCUAGAUGUGUUAAACUCAGGACAGAGCACCUUUUGUUUUAAGCCACCCACUUUUCAAGUGAGCAAAAAUAUUGGAACAGACAUUAAUUAACGAAGUGAAUAACAUUUAAUAUUUGGUAGCGUAACCCUUACGUGCAAUAACUGCAUCAAGCCUGUGACCCAUUGACUUCAACAAACUGUUGCAUUCUUCAUUUGAAAUGCUUUUCCAGGCCUUUACUGCAGCCUCUUUCAGUUCUUGUUUGUUUCUGGGAGUUUCUCCUUUCAGUCUCCUCUUCAGGAAGUAAAAUGCAUGCUCUAUUGGGUUAAGGUCGGGUGAUUGACUUGGCCAGUCUAAGACCUUCCAGUUUUCCCCCCCGAUGAAGUCCUUUGUUGUGUUGGCAGUGUUUUGGGUCAUUGUCUUGUUGCAUGAACCAGCUUCUCCUGAUUAGUUUGGAUGCAUUUGUCAGUAAAUUACCAGACAAAAUGGUUUUGUAGACUUCAGAAUUCAUUCUGCUGUUACCAUCAUGAAUUACAUCAUUAGUAAAGACUAGUGAGCCCAUUACAGAAGCAGCCAUGCAAGCCCAAGCCAUGACAUCACCUUCACAGAUGAGCUUGUGUGUUUUGGAUCAUAAGCAGAUCCUUUCUUUCUCUUUCCAUCGCUUUGGUAGAGGUUAACCUUGUCUCAUCAGGCCAUAAAACCUUGUUCCAAAACCUUAGUGGCUCAUCUCUGUACUACUUUGCAAAAUUCAAUCUGGCCUUCCGAUUCUUUUUGCUGAUGAGUGGUUUGCAUCUUGCGGUAUGGCCUGUAUAGUUCUUCUCUCAGUCUUGUGUGAUACCUUCACCCCUGCCCUGUGGAGGUUGGCAGUGGUGUCUCUCGCCAUGUUUCUGUCAUCAACUGCUGUUGAUACCCUUGGUCGACCUAUUCGAUGUCUGAUGCUCAUUAUACCAGUAGUUUGGCUUUUUCAGGACAUUCCAAAUUGUUGUAUUGGCUAUGUACAAUGUUUGUGCAAUAGCUCUGAUUGAUUUGACCUAUACUCUCAGAUUCCCAUAGACAGCUCUAUGGUCUUUGUGUUUGCUUAACUCAUUCAGUCCCAGCCUUCCCAGUUAACAUUGAUAUUUGACUUCUAAAGGCACCAAUGGCAGUGAAUCUGUUAAGAGCAAAUGCAGUUUCCACAGGUGAAACCCAAAACCAAAAACAAGAACUAUCUAAUGUUUAAGCAAUCAAUUUGAUUGAAUCCUGAGCAGCUGGAAACACCCAUUAGUCACGUUCCAAUACUUUUGCUCACUUGAAAAAUGGGUGGUUUCAAACAAAUUUUGCUCAGUCCUGAGUUGUUUAACACAUCUAGAUGGAAAUAAAAGCUAGAAUUCUGAACUUUUGUCUUACAUUCAUCUUUUGAUCUGAAACCCAAAUGUCUUCAGUAUACAACAAAAACAAAGGAAUUGACCUUGCCGUUCCAAUACUUUUGGACGGGACUGUAUGUAUGGCAACAGUAUCCCAUCCUUCUGUUAAUUUGACUAGACAAGGCAGAGUAGAUCAUUACUCAGUGGUGGGACCAAGUCAUUGCUUUGCAAGUCCCAAGUCGACGACUUGGGACAUGACGAUAAAGUCUUGAGUGACUUAGUCCCACCUCUACCAUUACUAGAUGAGACUGGGCAAGUCUACGUAUUCAGAAUAGACUAGACCACAGGUGUCAAACUGGUGGCCCGUGGGGCCAGAUCCGGGCUGCAACAUAAUUUUAUGUGGCCCGCGAAAGCAAAUCAUGUGUGUCGACUUCAUGUUUCUUGUGAAAAUACCAAAAUCGGUGUCUUUACUUGUAUAAUGUUGAGAUAUUGCAAGUAUUUUAUGUUACCAAUCACCUUUUUUAAAUAAAUGUAAUAAUUGUUGAA